GUGACAUUUUCACCACAAAAUCAAAUUCACCAUUCCUCCAUUUCAGCUGGUGGAGGGAAUUGGACAGCUAUGGUUAGAAUAUCGUUUUGGUCAGGUCGCAUAACAAUGUUGUGACGUCACGAAUUAGAAGUGUCAUGGGUACCUUCGUGAUGCUACCUUUUUUGUUAUAGAUUUGUUGCGCGCAAAAAAAACAUGUGUGUGCUUUUCUUGCUUGCGCUGUUUCUUUUGUCUUUCUUUUUCUAUCGUUCGUUCGGGUUCAGCCUCUCGUUGUUCCUUAUCCGGUUUCGUUCGGCGUUCGGUGAUUCUUUUUUCACGCUGAUUUCUGGAGUAAAGUGGAAGAUUAUUAUUAGAUUCAUGGGUACGUACCUCGUUGUGUUUGAGCAGCGCUCAUGGCUCACGGCUAUUCUAGAUACAAUAAGGGAGUCGCAAAAUAAAUCGACGGACCGGUUACCUAUUGCAUCAACAUCUCCUCCUCCGCUGUUCAAUAGUGAAAAAGCUUCCUUGAUAGAUUCCAGACCAAUUCAAAAAUUGCCGGUGAUGCCAGGGAUUCCAUCAAAAUUGCAGUUAGGAAAGCAUACAGGACCAUCAUCAUCCUCACACUCCCUUCCAACUCGAACACUGCCGGUCACGCCAGUGACGGUAACGCCAACAAAAUUGCAAUCAGGAAAACAUACAGUACCAUCAUCAUGCUCCCCUACUCCUAUAUUUGAUCAAAACUCUUUACUUAAUUCUCCACGUCUUAUCCAAAAAUCCAUAGCAUCAAAGAAGUCACAAAAAAGAUCUUCAACAUCGCUUAGUUUUGAUCCUCCACAAAAAAAAGUUGCAUGCGUGACCAAUCCUUGUUCUCCUACUAGUAAUUCCUUAAACAAUACUGCGACCAUUUCUUCGCUCCAAGCUAAUCGAAUAGAGCGAAAGCUGGAUGUAAUAUGCGAAGCAUUACGAGAAAUAACUCCCGAAAUCCGCAUAAUAAUGAAUAGCGUUUGUGCCAAAGAGCAUACUGUGCCACAUAACUUUUACAUUGAAAAAAUAUGGAACGAAUCUUCUCUUAUUGAAUUUAACAGUCGAUUAGAAAAAGAUACGUUGUUUAUGGGCCACACAAUAACACAACUAGGGAAAAUAGUAGGCUGCAUAACUGAUGUGGACAAAAGAUUAAAAAUUGUGUUAGAUUUGUUAUUUGACAACUAUUUUUUGAGAAAAUGUAGUUGGACAGGACGCGGUAUUCGUCAGAAGAAAGUACAACUUUCACAAUACACAUAUGUGCUACAUUUGUUCAAGUUUGUAGGAGGAACGAAGUUCCUCGAUUUAACGGACGAACAUGUUAAGAAUUUUUUUGUAAAUAAGUUGUAUAACUGUGGGCCAAAACACGAAGAUAAAGGAGUACAAUGCACGGUAGUGUCAUCAAGAGAUAGCGACAGCGAAAAUUUAGACAUAGAAUAUGAAGACUAAUUGUUGAUUACCUUUAUUUUUUUCAUAAGGAACGGCCAAGCCGUAUUUUUGGAUUACUUGUAUUAAAUGAACUUAAAUAAAGAAUUGAACUAACAAUA